UCCAAGUCUCGUUGGGCCAAACCAACAUUCUCAUCUAUAUAUGUAUAUCUAUAUCUCUCUCAUCUUUUGGGUUGCCUCUCUAUCUACCAUCGAUUGUUGUAACUUUGACUUUGACUCUCACAAACCCAAAAAAUUUGCACACAAUUUCACAUUAUCAUCUCUACCUCUCUCAGUUUCUCUCUCUCUCGCUCUCUCUUUGAAAACUUCUCUGCAAGACUGCAACGACACGUACGCACGCACGUUUACUGGUCCUUGCUAAAACUGCACAGCUCCAGCUCGGCGAUGGGCGUCGUGCGCCACCGCCGCCGUUGGUACUACAAUCAUCAUCGUCUACUCUCUGCAUUCACUUUCCUCUUAUUCUUCACCACCUCUGCAACAGCGCUCUCCAAACUCGUCGAUCUUUUCGCAGGUGCCGGCUUUAGGGAGAGAGAAAAGGAGGAGAGAGGAAGUGGGUCGGAUCCAAUUUCGCGGGUUCUGACCCAGAGGAGACUAGGCGGGCCGGGUUCUUCCCCACCAACUUGUAGAUCCAAGUGCGGAAGAUGCUUCCCUUGUAUGCCGGUUCACGCUGCAAUUCAACCCGGAUUCAGUAUGCCAUUACAGUACUACCCUGAAGCUUGGCGAUGCAAGUGUGGCAACGAACUGUUCAUGCCUUAAAAAACAGAGUAGACAGAGUAGAAGAAGAAAAUUAAAAUCUCGAGUUUCAAUCAAUCAUGAUUGAUGGAAGAAGUUACUAUUGAGGUCCCUGCAACUGCAGUACUUGAUGGUGCUGCCGAUGAGUUCUUUCAUUCCCAUGUUUAUAUUAUGAUUGCAUUUCAUGUGAGCGACAAGAGAGCUUUUGGGAAUUAAGAUUUGUAGGUCAGAUUACCAAGAGAGAUUUCUCUCUCUGUCUCUCUGUUUCCUAUUUUGUUAAUCAAAUCUUUUUUCUUUGACUUGCAUUAAUGCAAGUUUAGUAGAGAAGUGAGACACAUUUGAAGCAGGGGAUUAGACUUUGUAGUAUGUAGUUACAAUAUCUGUUUCUUUAAAAGCUA